AUGUCGCUAUCACCCGCCCACCGCCACUACAUUCGCGCCCUAUCCCGCUGGCCCAAAGAUGCUUUACGCCCCGAAGCCCAAUUCCAAGAUGCAUUGCGACGACGUCUCGCCCGUGUAACCGCUGCUAGUGCCGGCACCGACACAUUCAACGAGAAGCGAGAAUUGGGGCAGGUGAAUGCUUUGUAUAGUUUGGUUGAGAAUCGGUAUAGGAUUAAGUACCCCUUAACAUCCAAAAUCAUGAAACCCGCCAGUAACCCCACAUACUACGAAGAUCUCAUCAAGGAGCUCGAAGAGGCGCCUCAUCGGAGUUGGUUUCAGCAACAGGUGAAUAAAUGGAAGGGGGCUUUACGAUUUCAAUGA